UCUCGGAGAUUUUCGUAUACCGACUACUCUCUCUCUCUGUCUCUCUCUCUCUCUCGCGGAGGUUUAAAAUAUGGAAUGGAAGCCAAGCUGCAAAAACCUAACGUAAAACCUUACAGAAGGAAAAUCAAGAAAUUCAGUGGGAAAGAGAAAGCUAUGAAAAAGAAAUGAAGUUUGAGCAAAAGAAAAAAGAGGGGUAGCAGCGCAGCGCAGCGCAGGUGUAUGAACUGAAAUGUUGAUUGAUGAGCAAGGGUGGAAGGAAUGAGAUGACGACGUAGCAACAAAUGGGCAAUAUAGCAGUAUAAAUAUGAGGCAGAUUUCUCCCACUCUCAUCUCAUUCCAUUCCCACCUCGCAAAUCUCUUGUUUGCUUCAAGUUCCAAAUCAGGUCAAUGGCAUCUCACAUUGUUGGGUAUCCUCGCGUGGGGCCAAAAAGAGAGCUCAAAUUUGCUCUGGAGUCCUUCUGGGAUGGAAAGAGCAGUGCUGAAGAGUUGCAGAAGGUUGCAGCUGGCCUACGGGUUUCAAUUUGGAAGCAAAUGGCAGAUGCUGGAAUCAAGUAUAUUCCUAGCAAUACAUUUUCAUAUUAUGAUCAAGUUUUGGAUACCACGGCUAUGCUGGGUGCUGUUCCCUCAAGAUAUGGUUGGGGUGGAGGUGAGAUAGGAUUUGACAUAUACUUUUCAAUGGCUAGGGGUAACGCCUCUGUUCCUGCAAUGGAAAUGACCAAGUGGUUUGAUACCAACUACCACUACAUUGUGCCUGAACUGGGACCAGAUGUCAAAUUUUCUUAUGCAUCUCACAAGGCAGUGCAAGAAUAUAAGGAGGCUAAAGCUCUUGGCAUUGACACAGUCCCAGUCCUCAUAGGCCCAGUUUCUUACUUGUUGUUAUCAAAACUGGCAAAGGGCGUUGAGUGUCUACAAGUAAGAUCAUUUUAUCUUGAGGCUAAACUAUAUUCACUUACUUUACCAUGAAGGGAAGUUGUGGCUGAACUAAAGGCAGCUGGGGCUAGCUGGGUUCAGUUUGAUGAGCCUACACUUGUCAUGGAUCUUGAUUCUCACAAAUUGAGUGCAUUUACUCAUGCUUACAAAGAAUUGGAAUCAUCCGUUUCUGGCUUGAAUGUUCUUACUGAGACAUAUUUUGCAGACCUCCCUACUGAGGCAUAUAAUAUAGUUACUUCUUUGAAGGGUGUUACAGCUGUUGGGUUUGAUUUAGUGCGGGGAUCAAAGACACUUGACCUAAUUAAAAAUGGAUUUCCUUCGGGAAAAUAUCUUUUUGCUGGAAUUGUUGAUGGAAGAAACAUUUGGGCUAACGAUCUUGAUGCUUCCUUAAGUACCUUACGCACUCUGGAGGGCGUGGUGGGCAAAGACAAGCUCGUGGUCUCUACAUCAUGUUCUCUUCUUCACACUGCAGUUGAUUUGGUAAAUGAAACUAAGUUGGACAAAGAACUCAAGUCAUGGCUUGCAUUUGCUGCACAGAAGUUACUCGAAGUUAAUGCAUUGGCAAAGGCACUAGCUGGUUUGAAGGAUGAGGCAUUCUUCUCUGCUAAUGCAGCAGCUCAGGCUUCAAGAAAAUCAUCCCCAAGAGUAAAUAAUGAGGCGGUUCAGAAGGCUACCGCUGCUGUGAAGGGCUCUGACCACCGCAGAGCUACAAGUGUCAGUACCAGGCUGGAAGCUCAGCACGAAAAGCUAAACCUUCCUAUGCUUCCAACCACUACUAUUGGAUCUUUCCCUCAGACUUUGGGUCUUAGGAAAGUCCGUCGUGAAUAUAAGGCUAGCAAGAUAUCCGAGGAAGAAUAUCACAAAGCCAUUAAGGAGGAAAUACAAGAAGUAGUGAAACUUCAAGAAGAGCUCGGCAUUGAUGUUCUUGUUCAUGGAGAACCAGAGAGAAAUGACAUGGUCGAAUACUUUGGAGAGCAACUAUCUGGGUUUGCCUUCACGAUUAAUGGAUGGGUUCAAUCUUAUGGAUCCAGGUGUGUGAAGCCACCUAUUAUCUAUGGUGAUGUAAGUCGUCCUAAAGCAAUGACGGUCUUUUGGUCAACAUUGGCCCAAAGCAUGACCAACAGCCCAAUGAAGGGAAUGCUUACAGGCCCUGUCACCAUCCUGAAUUGGUCUUUUGUCAGAAAUGACCAGCCCAGAUUCGAGACCUGCUAUCAGAUUGCUCUAGCCAUCAAGGAUGAGGUUGAAGAUCUUGAGAAAGUUGGUAUUAAUGUUAUUCAAAUCGACGAGGCUGCUUUAAGAGAGGGUUUGCCUCUUAGAAAAUCCGAGCAGGCAUUUUACCUGGACUGGGCUGUACACUCGUUCAGGAUAACUAAUUGUGACGUCCAAGACACUACCCAGAUCCACACCCAUAUGUGUUACUCAAACUUCAACGAUAUUAUCCACUCAAUCAUAGACAUGGAUGCUGAUGUCAUCACUAUCGAGAACUCCAGGUCAGACGAGAAGCUUCUUUCCAUUUUUCAUGAGGGAGUGAAGUACGGUGCUGGCAUCGGCCCAGGCGUGUAUGACAUCCAUUCACCAAGGAUCCCAUCCACUGAAGAAAUUGCGGAACGCAUCAAUAAAAUGCUGGGAGUUCUCGACAGCAAAAUCCUGUGGGUAAACCCAGACUGCGGCCUUAAGACGCGCAAAUACUCAGAAGUCAAGCCGGCGCUGAGCAAUAUGGUGGCUGCUGCUAAGCUCGCCCGCAUGCAGUUGGCUGCCACUGGUGCCAAGUGAGAGGACCUCUGCAUGUUCUUACUGCCUUGUUACUUGCUAACGCAGAGCUUCCAUCUGCUGUCAUGAAUAAUAGAUGAGAUUUUUUUUAACAAUAUAAUUAUAUUUAAAUAUUUAUAAAAAUGAAUAUUAUCGAGCCAGUGACUUUUUCUUGCAGUUGGUGAAAUUCUUAAU